AUGAUUGAGCAGAUAUGUGUGUUUUACGGGGGCUCAGAGCGCGAGAAAGGGAAUCUUAUGCAAAACCGAUGUAUGCCAGUGAGCAGCAAACACUUCGCUGAAAAAGACGGCUACGUAAAAAAUGAGGUUGUAGCGUGGACGACAAAGUUUCGCGACGUGGGAAGCUAUAAAGAUGAUACCUUGGAUAUCAUAAUUGAUGUAGGUGCAGUGGUCGGUCUCGCACUUCAUAAAACCCAAUUUUACUAUUAA